AUGACGAACCAAUCAGCUCUCAUCCUAAAUAUGGCCUUGCUGCUGCUGCACGGCACAGAUGCAAAGAUGGACAUCAUUAGCAGUAAGCAAGAUGUUAUGGUGGGAGAAGACAUCUUACUGUUUUGUAAAGCUGGGGGAGAGGGAGAAAUAACGUGGAGAAAGGAUGGGGAAGAAAUCGAAGGUGACGAGGUGUCGCCGGUGGAUGAGACGUCCUCUAAAUUGGACAUUAAGAACGCUACGAUGGAGGAUAUGGGGAGAUAUACUUGUGCGUGUGAAUUUGAAAGUGGACACCACGAUGACGUUUCGACCCAGCUGUAUGUUUAUGAGGGUCCAUCAUUUGGAAGCACCACCACCUACCAUGAGUUUCUAGAGGGCACAGAUGGUGUGGUGCCAUGCCUGGUGACUGGCCAGCCAGCGGUGGAUGUUCACUGGCUCAGAGACAAAGAAGAUAUUUCCACUAAUGUCGGAAAGCGUGUGCGUCACCUGCCUGAUAACACAGUCCUUAUUGAAAAAGUGAAGAGAGAGGAUGCUGGGACCUACGUGUGUCAGGCCCAGAUCAGAGGAAGGCCCAUCUAUGAGCAACUCUCCGUCUCUGUUGUCGUCAAUGCUCCUCCUACUGUGCAUCUGAGAGAAGAGGUGAAAAAAGUGAUGGCCGGACCAGAAACCAACGUUUCCUUGCUGUGUUUGGUUGAUGGUCUACCAAAACCCAGCAUCACCUGGACCAUGCCGAUGGUGUUUGACCCUUCACAUCAUCAGUUUAACUCAGACCGCAGCCAGUUGACUAUAAGGUCUGUUGCCAGGGCUGACUUCGGAGAGUACAUCUGCACCGCCACCAACAAGAUCGCUGAGAGCAGUGCUACCAUUAUGCUUCAUGUUUAUGAGGCCCCAGAGGUGUUUGUGUCAGCAGAGCAGCAGAGUGUAUCAGUGGGCGAGCGUGUGUCUGUGUCCUGUAACGUCUCUGGCCAUCCUCAGCCUGAGCUACACUGGAUCAACAAGCACAACGGACGCACACUGGACUCUGCCUCUGGUCGUGUCCAUGUUGAUGAUGGUGCGUUGGUGAUUGAUGAGGUAGUGCCCUCUGAUGGUGGACUGUAUUCCUGCAUGGCUGUCAGCACCUCUGGAAAUGCAUCAAGAGACGUUGCAAUACACAGUAAGAGUUAA